AUGUCUUUAUCUUCGUCAUCAUCAACUAAUCAAAAUUCAAAUGUUAAUAGAAAAGAGCCUGGGGUAAAUGAUAAUAAUUUAUAUUCAAAUUCAAAUUUCAUUGAAGAAGACGAAGAUAAUAGUCCAUUUGUAGGAUUAUCAAUUACUCAAAAUAAUUCAAAUUUUAUUAAUAAUGGUUCAACUAAGAUUACAGAUCCAGAAGAUGAAGAAGCAGAUUCCAUGUUAUUAUAUAAUAACAGUCACUCCGAAAGAAAGAAUUCAAAAGGAGAAUCUUUUGAUAAUGUUAGUGUAAACUAUGAAAGUAAAGUUUCAAAGUUGUUAAUUUCAAAAAUCCAAUUACAAAUUAUUGAAGCUGCAAAUUCUAAUGAAAGCUCAAAUAAUUCGUCCAAAAAAUAUGUUGUUUACACCAUACGUAUAAAAAAUUUAGAAAGAAAAGAUCAAGAAAUUUUAACUAGACGAAGGUAUAGUGAUUUUGAAAGUUUAAGAGAAAUUUUAACGAAAAUUUUUCCAUUAAUUAUUAUUCCCCCAAUUCCAACAAAGAAUUAUUUUGAUUUUUCAAAGUUGAAUCUUUAUUCAAAUCAAACUCCAAAUCAAAAUGUUGCUUCAAUUUCAAAUUCACAAUCAAAUGUCAAACUAAUUGAAAAUAGAAAAAGACUACUAAACAAUUUUUUAAAUAGUUGUCUUGAAAUAAAUCAAAUUAGAAAGUUGGAAUUUUUUGCAAAGUUUUUAGAUCCAAAUGCAAAUUGGAAGGAUGAGAUUGCAUUAAUUCAAAGUCAAUUACCCAAAUCGAUUUAUUUAUCGAAUCCAGAUAAUAGUUUAAAAACUGAUGUAAUAUAUUCGAAUUUACCAGAUCCAACUCAUAAAAAUGCAAUGGGAUUUUUUAAAAACAAUCAAAAGAAAUUAACAAAGAAUACUACGGAAUUAUUAAAUACAAAUAAUGAAGACAUUAUAAAUUUGGAUGAAUUAAAUAAAAGAAUCAUGUCGAAUUACGUUGGAUUGUCUCAUGAUUAUAGUGAAUUAGGAAUAAUUUUUAAUUCUUUUUCAUUAAUAAUAUCAGAAUUACCCAGAGAUAAAUCACCAAAUGAUAAAAACUUAAAUGUGAUUUUUGACAAGAUUGGUCAAUGCUUUGAUCGGUCAUAUAUUGUAAUAAAUUCAUUAAUUGGAGAGUUGGAAACUAAAUUUUCUGAACCAUUAGGUGAAUUAGUUCAAUAUUCAAAUAUAUUACAAGAUAUAUCUAAAUUCAAAGCUAGAAAAUUGCGACAGAAGAUACUAUUGGAUAAUGAUAUUAAAGAGAAACGUAAGGAUUUAUCUGAAUUAUUACAAGAAACAACCAAUGAUAAAACUGAUAAAUAUAAAUAUAAAAUUCCAUCAUUCAAAAAGAUAACUCAAUAUGUAAAUGAUAUAAUUGAUCAAAAUCCAGAACAAACCAAAAAGGAAAAAACAAUCAGUUUACAAGAUAAGAUUAAAACUUUGGAAAAAUGUCAAGAAAUUAUGUUGGCAGAUUUAGUAUUUAUAACUGAUGAAAUUAACAAAAAUCAAAAUUCAUUUCACAAAAAGCAAUUGAAAACAAUUUACAAAAUACUAUUUGCUUAUAAUCAACAUUUAAUUAGCUGGGCUAAAAAGAAUGUUGAGAUUUGGGAAGAAUUCAAAAAUGAAAUAUUAAAAGCUUGA